AUGGAAAAUAAAAUCGUAUUUAUUGGACUCAUCGUCGCUCUGCUACUAGCGGCGAGCGCAGAGAAUGCUAAUCCCGAGCUUUAUACGGAUGAUGUGCCAUUAACAAUAUACGUGGAUGCCGGGUGGGAUAUAGACCAAUUUCUUACCUUAGCGAAAUCAAUCGACGGAAAGCAAAGUGUUUUAGAGGAUGCACGGGAAGGCACUUUAAUUGACAAACGUUUUGUGUUGACUACAGCAAAUUGCUUGCAUGCUAACAAAUUUACAACAGUGGAGUUUUUCUCCUCUGAUCCAACAGUAUCUAUAAAAGUAAAGAUUGUUAAAAAAAAUUUAAAAUUUUGUUAA